AUGUUCCAGAAAAAUGUGGCAGUGUUAACUGUAGCAGUGGUUUUGUGUUACGUCCAACAGCUCCAUGGAUCCGUCGAUGAGACUGAAGCGACCAUCGCGAUGGAUGAACCGAGGAACGCAUCCAAUACCGAAAGAACGGGUAGAUCUUUGAACAAAGAAUGCAAAAGCAGCCUUAGUUCGAAAUGUCUGAAAAUUCAUGUGCUCUCCUUUUUAGAGGAUCUGAGCUCUCGCGAUGAGCUCCAUCUCCUCCCAGGUCUUAGCAUUGUGAAAGAGAAUCAGACAAAUGCAACGAGCCCUGAAGAAAUGGCUGCGGAGCUGUCGCGUCAAUAUCCUGGGAAACCAGAGGAGAAACUCAACAAAUUCAUUUUGUACCGUUUGCAAAAUUACUUGGAUGGACAUUCCUUGAAGUAUAGGUUACUGGAUGCAGAAACGUCUGAAGAAGCUUUAAAUAUGGCUAAGGGUGACAAGGAAAACACUGCCAGGAAGAGCAAAGGAGACGGAUUCGGUGGUGGUAAGGGAGGCGGCACUGGUGCUCUUCUAGCUGCUGCGCUAAUGAUGAAAGGUACCUUAGCAGCAGCAGCUCUUGGUGCCUUGGCCCUGCUCGCUGGAAAAGCCCUGAUGACAGCAUUGAUGUCUCUUCUGUUGUCUGCACUGGUUGGACUCAAAGGACAUGGUGGUCACAAAUCUACUACAUAUGAGAUCAUCACUAAGCCGGAAGUAUCCCACCACCAUUCACACAGCCACGAAGAACACCACGAACAUGAACAUGGACACCACGGCGGUUACAGGCGAGCCUAUGACACUAAUUACAAUAAUAAUUAUAAUAGCUACAUGCCUUAUGAAACAACGAACUAA